AUGCGGGCUUCCCUCUUUGCCAUGGCGGCCAUGGUUGCUGGCACUUAUGCCCAGCCAACAUGUCCCUCGGCGGCGACCACCACGGUCUUCAUCACGGUUGACUCCAACAACGACCCUGGUCCCUCGAUUGUCGUUCAGACUGUCACUGCAACCGUUCCGUUCUCUGCCCCUUCUCCUUGGUCUCCUACCCAAACUGGUUCCCCCGGUCUUCCGGCCACUCUCACUGUCACCAUUGACAGCUACGAUCCCCCUCCUGGAGGAUCUCAGUUCACCGGGCCCAAACCUUGGGAGUCUUCCCCUGCUACAGGCGCUCCUGUCACUAUUGUCACUGCCACUGUCUACUCCCCGGGUUCUGGCGAGCCCAAUGGUGGUUCCCCUGGUUCUCCUGGUUCUCCCGUAUCCCCUGGUAACUCCGGCCCCGGUGGUCAAGGAACGACAACUAUUACGCUUCCUGGCCCUCCUGGCUUUCCUUGGAACCCUUCUCAAUCUGCCACUACCGACUGCCCGUUUGCUACUGGUGACCCCAGUGGCUCUGGCAGCAACACCGCGGAUGUCACUGUGAUCACCACGACGCUGUACAGGACAGGCACCAAUCCAGGUCAAGCUACACCGGCCGCGGACUCGGUUGUUGCAACCUUCACAGUCACCUUCCCACAGCCUGCCGGAACUGGGUCGGUUCCUGGCUCUGCUGUAACGGACGGUGCUGUCGAUCCUGCGUCUGGCGAGCUGUUCACUUACACCCUGACUGCACCGGCUGCCACUGGGCCUGCCGUCACCAACACUCACUCUAGCCCCGACAACGGCAAUGGGGGCUCUGUCACAGACUUCACUACCACCCUCUACCGGACUCGUCCUGACUCUGGUCAAGGAACGCCUGUCGUCGACACACUUGUCACCUGCUUCACUGUCACUUUCCCUUCUGCAAUCGGCACUGGACCAGUCACCGAGGUCCCUGCAGCUUCAACCCCCGCUCCUGGAAGCCCUGGCAGCAGCGGCUCUGUUGGUACCACGACUCGCUACGUUCCCACCAUGGUUCCUGGUCCAGAUGGUUCCUUGAGCUACUCCAUCCAAACCGUUGUAUCGACUUACACAGUUCCCACUCCCGGUUCUCCCUCAACGGGAGGCUCAGGUGUCACAACUGUCUAUGUUCCUGCUAGCCCAGCUGGCGCCACCACUGUGAUUGUCCCUGCCAAUCCCGCGGGCGGUUCAGCCGGAGGACCUUCCACUGUUGUCACCACAACUCUGUACGCUUCUCAGCCAACCAUUGGCAAUGGAAACCAACCUACUGAUUCUUCGGACCCGGGCAACAUUGUCGUGUUCACCUUGACAGUUCCUCAGUCUCCUGCCGGGGGUGCCUCAACUUACACCACGAUUCUUCCAAGCAUCCCGGGAGAUGAUGGCUCUGCUGGCCCCAGCUCUGUCUCUGUUUCCACUGCUACGAUUGUCCUGACGUUGCCAACGCCUCCUACAACCCCCGGAGAUACCACUCCUCCUACAAUCCCCGGCGGCUACGGUGACCCUGUAAUCCCUGGUGCAUCUGGAAAUCCUUCGACUGGUGUUCCCGGCUCAGGCACUCCUGGCUCCGGCACUCCUGGCUCUGGCACUCCUGGCAUUCCAGUCACAAUCACAGUUCCCGCAGGUGGUGUUAGCCCUACGGACACCAACGGUCUUCCUGGUGGUGGGAUCCCCAUUACACUCACGAUUCCCGCAGGCGGUGUUUUCCCGACAGAUACUAAUGGCCUUCCCGGCGGCUACACUGAUCCGGCUGAGACUGGCGUCCCCCCCUUUGGCGGUCUGCCUGGACCACAGAUCACUGUCACUGUUGCUCAAGGAGCUCCUAAUGGAGGCGUCCCAACCACUGUUGCUGGCGCGCCAACUUCAGUCAUUGGUAGCUACUCUGUCCCUGUCGACCCUGCAACUGCUGCCGUCGGCUCUCAGAACUCGCCUAUUGUCAUCACUCUCUGGCCGGCGCCAUCGACGGUUGACAAUGCUCUUCCUGGCGCUGCAACCUCGACUUCAUGCACCAGCUCCGAGUCCACCACGUCCACGACUGUGCUCACCACCAGUUUCAUCAACGUCGUCGCCGAUGAGACCACCACGUACACGUUCCCUUACGAGUCUCUCGUCACAAAGGUCGAUACAAUUGUCGCAUCUGCCUCGGACGUAGCUGUCACUGGCGGCGCUGUCACUGGUGGCGUUGUCACUGGUGGUGCUACUGGCUCUCCCGUUGUCUCUACCAUCAUUGGCGUUUCCACCAUUCUUGGAGUCUCUACCAUUGCUGGUGUCUCCACGGUCGGUGGCCCUGCCGUAACCGCAUCCACGGCCGAGGCCCCUGCUGUCACCGUCUCUCCUGCCGUCACUCCUUCAGUGUCUACUUGGCAGAGUGUCGUCGUUCAGAGCUCUGUGGUCCAAGUUUUCACCACUGGAGUCUUCACCUCUCUUGUUCAGCCUGGCGGGGUUCAGAGGCGUUAUGUCAACACAACUGCAACAUCCAGCACACCCACACUGACACCUGUUGCGACACCCAUCUGUACCGGCACCACAGAGGUUGGCAAUCAGGUUCUCGAUUUUGAUGACGUCUCGUCUGGCCCGCUUUUCAACCCUUACCACCGGUUCUGGUUCUCCAAGGGCUUCCUUGUUGGUCCUCCUCCGCUGAUGCCCUUCCUGCCCUCCUCUGGUGGUCGUCUCGUGGAGUUUGUGCCCCCAAUUCUGUCAAACACCUCUUCAGAUGACGUCUCCGGCGACACUGCGCAGAUCGGCAUGGGAAAGCUGGCGUCUUCUCCUUGCUUCCAAUUUGACUUCUUCGGCAUGAACCUAGGUUGCCACUCCGACUCUGCGGUUCCCAACCAGCUUUGUGUCUUCACUUUCACUGGAUACAGAUGGGAUGCGACCAACGCCACCGAGACAGAAGCUGUCAGCCAGAAAGCUUGGGUCAACGCUUGCGACCAGUCUUCCGGCUGCCCACUUACGCCUUUCUCAGCUGUCGAUUUCACCGAUCUCAGCUCCAUCCUGAUCACUCUGCAAGUCGAUGGUAAGCCUCAGGUUUGGUGGUCUGAUGACAUCCGCGUCGGCUGGAGCAAGAAUGAUUGCGCGACCGCCAAUUGCCGACAGCAAUUCCAGCCAGAGAACAUCCAGCUCCACGCAGGCCCUUUCUUCUACUGGACCAGCUCAGGCCUGAGGGUUCUGUCUUCGUCUAGAAUCAACCGGGGUUGA